CCAGAUGAGGAAGCUGAUCGACUCGCCAAUCUUAGAUGAUGACGCCCCAGCCGCCGUCCUGUUGAAGAAAUACUUCAAAAGCUGCAUGGAUAAGGAGACCAUCGAGAAGCAAGGCCUGCAGCCACUGCACGACAUCUUGGACGAGAUGGGAGGAUGGCCCGUGCUAAAAGGCUCGGCAUGGGACGAGGAUGCUUUCCAAUGGACGGAGGCCGUGUAUCAAAACCGGAAGAGGGGCUACUCCGACAGCCACAUGUUCUCGUUCAGCGUUUCGGCCGACGUCAAGAACUACUCCCGCCGCCAUAUCAGCCUGGGCGACACGUCGCUGGGCCUUGGCAGAAAAUACCUGAUCAAAGGUUUCAAUGACUCGGACGUGCAGGCCUACUACAACUUCAUGGUGGAGAUGGCCUUGCUGAUGGGAGCCGAGCCAGAACGUGCCAAACAAGAGAUGGAGUCUGCGCUUCGUUUUGAGAUGAUGCUCGCCAACAUAUCGCUGCCGGCGGAGGAGCGUCGCAAUGCUUCCAAACUCUACAACAAAAUGACGCUGGAUCAGCUGAGCCAGCUGGCACCCACUGUCCCCUGGGUGGACUACACCAAUAAACUCCUGGAGGACGCCGGACACCAGGUUUCGAGUAACGAGUCCGUCAAUGUCAACCACCCCGAGUUCUUCAAGAACCUGACCGGGCUGCUCCAGGUCACGCCGAAUAGGGUACUGGCCAACUACCUUCUUUGGCGUGUGGUGAAGGGGUCCGUGAGUCAGCUGAACCUGGCGGCCCGCGAUGUGCGCCUCAAGUUCUACGGUCAGGUGUACGGCGUCACCGAGCACAAGCCCCGCUGGAAGGAGUGUCUCGGGAGCGUCUUGGGAAAAUUUACCAUCGGAGCGGGAUCCCUGUAUGUGCAGAAUCACUUCGACCAGGAGUCGAAGACAUCGGCUCUGAGGUUGGUGUCGGAUGUUCACAAGGAGUUCGACAUGAUGCUGCAGGAGGUCACCUGGAUGGACAACGUUACAAGGGAGCGAGCAGUUGAGAAGUCGAAGACCAUCAGCUAUUAUAUCGCCUACCCAGACGAACUGCUAAACGAUACUCUGGUAGGCGAGUUCUACGAGAACUUAACACUCAGCGACGACAACUUCCUCCGGAAUAAGCUGAACCACAGUAUCUUCGCCGUCAACUACAGCUACAGAAAGCUGCGCGAUCCUGUCGACAAGAAGGACUGGCGCCGACACAGCAGGGCCGCCGUCGUCAACGCAUUCUACAACACCGUGGAUAACAGCAUCACGUUUCCGGCGGGAAUUUUGCAAGGAGGCUUCUACAACAACGACAGACCCCAGUACUUAAAUUACGGGGCCAUCGGCUUUGUCAUCGGUCACGAAAUUACGCACGGCUUCGACGACAGGGGACGUCAGUUUAACGCCGAGGGCGAGCUCCAAGAAUGGUGGGAGCCGGAGACGCGCGACCGCUUCCUGGACAGCGCCCAAUGCAUCAUCGAACAGUACGGCAACAUCACCGUCGACAGGGUCGACAUGCAGGUGAACGGCAUCAUAACCCAGGGCGAGAACAUCGCCGACAACGGCGGCAUACGGAUCGCGCGCCGCGCCUACGACCGCUACCAGCGCGGUGAAGGGCGCGAGCCGGCGCUGCCCGGCCUGCAGCAGUACACCAACGAGCAGAUGUUCUGGCUGGGCACCGUCAACACCUGGUGCGCCGUCUACAAAGAGGAGCGUCUCAGGCAGCUCGUGCUUACCGACAGCCACGCACCCGCGUUCGUGCGCAUGAACACCGCGCUCAGCAACACCGCACAGUUCGCACGUGACUGGCAGUGCCCAGCCGGCUCCGCCAUGAAUCGCGUCGACCGCUGCGGCGUCUGGUGAGCGACCGCGGUACUGCUGGUUUUUUGGGGGCCGGCAGGUGACUCUUCACGGAUUCUCAUCCGUCCAGUUAAGCAUUUACAUAGGUAGAGGGCGGUGGGGAGUGGUAGGAGUAAAGGAAGAAUGCUGCCUUCUUUCCGGAACAUUUCGUAGAAAGUGGCAUGGUCAUGGCCACUUCGCGUCCGGGAUGUACGAACAGGCAUGUUUCUAAGGUGAUCACUCAUUGACAUCCUACGCAAGAUCAUGUAUUUCACGUUUCACCUCUGCGUGAAAAUUUUGGUUUGCGUUCAACGUGCUAGUGCUCAUCACAGAGCAAAUAUCGUAUGAAUACAACAUGGAAAAGCUA